AGCGGAACGUAAGACGCAACUGGAAUGCAGCACUUUGGUUUACGGGACUGUUACGGUAGACGGACGGGGAUUUAACGGUGUUUUAUUUACUCUAUGUUUUGGUUUCUAACGUACAUCAAUUUUUGUGCAAUGAUCACGAUAUGCCCCCUUGGCCCUGCUGUCCGUGGUGAGGGAGCACUGGGAAUUUGAGAAUCUCCAGGGAACGGUGCACAGGGUCCUUUCAAACUAAAUGCAUUUGAGAUGUUCGGUGCCGGGAUGCUGCAGCAGAGCAGUGGAGGAUUGAACAAACGCCCGCUGGGAAUCGCACGCCUGCCCAACUCCCAAUUUUUCCCCCUAUCUGCUGGUUCAAGCUCAUGGGGUUUGGGGCGAACGGCGAAGAGCGGAUCGUUGAGCUCCAUCAGCUCCGGCUCGGACUGCGUGGAGACAGCAGGUGCCGAUCCUGACUACAUAAUGCAGCUGGUCAAUGACGUGCGGAGGUUUGCAGAUGUGCUGCUUCACCUGAAGGAAGCUUUCAACGCCAAAGAACACCAGGACUGCCUGCACCAAGUGGUUCAUGAGCGUCUGGGGGAGUUGUUGCGUGUAUUGAAAGCUGUGAUUUCCAAACAUCACUCCCUUAAUUCAGUGGAGAUCCUCAGUGCUGCAGGAACUCUCAUCGCAAAAGUCAAAGGUGUGAACUACAAGGAAGUGAGUGAGGACAAUAAACAGACCCUCUUUUCUGAGAUCUACACUUCUAUUGAUACAUUGGCCUUUACGUUUGGCAAUGUAGUGUCUGACUUCCUUAUGGGAGAUGUAGAGAACGGUUCAGCCUCAGGCCUUCCUAAGACCCGCAGGAGCAGGUCUUUUGAGAACCUGGCAGUGGAGUCUGGCGGAUGUGGAACGGAAAAAGAUGACACUCCAGGUCCUUCUCCACCCUCGCGGCUGGAGGAGAUGGACGGGGCUUUGCUCCGGAGUGACAGCGGGGUGGAGUCGGCCCUGCUCUAUGCCAAAGCUUGGUCAAAAUACACCAAGGAGCUCCUGGCCUGGGUGGAGAAACGUCUUUAUUUGGACAUUGAGUGUGCAAAGAGCUACACCAAGAUGGCCGAAUCUGCAAAGGCGCUGGCGACUCAGCAGGAGCAUAUGCCGUUCAGGGAUAUUUACAUAUCUGCCUUCAAGAACGACAUUGAAUACAGCCAGCUGAUCAUGCAAACGGCAGCUGCGCUCCAGGCUAAUAAAUUCAUGCAGCCUCUGCAAGCUCGAAAAAAUGAGCUGGACAAGCUGAGGAAGGAAGUGAAGGAGCAGUGGCAGAGGGAGCAGAAGAAAAUGAAUGAAGCCGACAGUGCACUGAAGAAGGCCCGGCUGCUCCAAGCACAGAGGCAGGAGGAGUAUGAGAAGGCCAAAUGCUCCACCAGUCGGGUGGAGGAGGAACUGAUCGGAAUGGGCGGAAAACAGCUUGAAAAAAGACGCAAACUGGCAGAGGAGGCGCUGCAGAAGGCAGAGGAAGCCAGAGAACAUUGCAAAAACUGCAUCACAGAUGUCGGGGUGAAGAGAGUCGAGAUGGCCACCACUAAAAGCGAGAUUCUUACUCAGAUACGAGAGCUUGUGUUUCAGUGUGACCUGACCCUGAAAGCAGUGACUGUAAACUGGUUUCAGUUGCAGCAGGCCCAGGUGGUUUCCUUGCCUGUCAACUUUCAGUCGCUCUGUGAGAACGCUAAACUUUACGAACCUGGUCUGUGUUACACAGAGUUUGUGAAGAGUCUCCCCUCGGACAGGACCAGAGGGGAAUCCUUCACAUUUAACAUCCCCUCCACACAGAACUCAGGGUUGCCUCUCUCAAAGCGAGCGAAUAGCAGCAGUCAUUCACCUCAGGUCCACCUGUCUCAGGUGUCGCUCGCACCUGGAGACUUCCUGAGCGCUGAUGAGGUGGAGAGUCACGUCCAAGCACGUACAGGAAAGAUGACGGAGCGACGCUCAAACAGUAGCAACGAUAUACAAGCAUUAAAGAUCCAGGGGCCGUUCCGCGUCUGGAGAACGAGCAGUCAGGGUGGAGGCAUGUGCAGUGAUUCAGAAAGUGCUGGAGGCAGCAGUGAAUCUCGCUCUAUGGACUCUCCAACAGCAAGCCCAGGUGACUUCAAAAGAAGGCUUCCCAGAACUCCAUCCACGGGCACCAUGUCUUCAGCAGAUGACCUGGAUGACAGAGAGCCACCCUCUCCUUCAGAUAAUGGUCUGAGUGAAAUGGUAACGGAGGCAACCUCUCCCGGACCUUUCCGAAACACACAGAUGUCCAAAGCUGCUCAGACACACAAGCUACGAAAGCUUCGCGCUCCAUCGAAAUGCAGGGAGUGUGACAGUCUUGUGGUAUUUCAUGGUGCUGAAUGCGAGGAGUGUUCUCUUGCAUGUCAUAAGAAGUGUUUGGAGACUCUGGCCAUUCAGUGUGGACAUAAGAAACUACAGGGAAAACUGCAUCUAUUCGCUAUCGACUUUGCUCAGGCAGCCAAAAAUAGUCCCGAUGGAAUUCCCUUUGUUAUCAAAAAAUGCACAUCAGAGAUCGAAAACAGAGCUCUGAGCAUCAAGGGAAUAUACCGUGUGAAUGGAGCCAAGUCGCGUGUGGAGAAGCUUUGCCAAGCCUUUGAGAAUGGCAAAGAGCUAGUUGAGCUCUCGGAUCUUUACCCUCACGACAUCAGCAAUGUCCUUAAACUUUAUUUACGCCAGCUCCCUGAGCCGCUCAUUCUGUUCCGUUUCUAUAACGACUUCAUCGGACUGGCUAAAGAGAGUCAGAGCAUCAUCGUUGAUGAAGUAGAAGCAUCAAGAAGAAGUCCCGUCCCCGACAUCCCGGCGAUCAGCGUGGAACUCAAACGGGUCCUCUUCAAGAUUAAAGACCUGCUGCGACAGCUGCCUCCAGCCCACUACAAAACCCUGCAGUUCUUAAUUCAGCACUUACACAGGGUAUCAGAAAAGUCAGAUGAGAACAAGAUGACCGCCAGCAAUUUGGGCAUCAUCUUCGGCCCCACGCUGAUCAAACCCCGCCAGGCUGAUGCCGAGGUUUCUCUCUCUUCUCUGGUGGACUACCCCUACCAGGCCCUAAUGGUGGAGCUUUUGAUAUGCCAUUACGAGAUGAUCUUCGAUACACCUCUGAGUCCACUUCCGCCUUCCUCCCCUGUAGGAGAGAGCUCACCGCUCCCCAUUAAAUCGCGCUUUACCACUCAGGAGAAGGAACAACAGCUUAACCGACAUUCAAAGUCCCUGGUGGACAUUAAAGAGCAGCAACAGCCAAAGGUUAAGACGUAUAAACGACAUUCCUCGGUAAUACCUUCCACACACCUGAUGGAUGAGGUGAAAGAGGGAAAGAUCAGAUCCGACAAAGAGUUUGCACCAGUUGGAGAUGCUGAAUCGGAGGACCUCAACAUGUUCCUGUCAUCAAGUGUCACUGAAGUGCGAACCUCGCCUGGCUUGAGUCGCCGCAACCAUGUUUCCAGAGUUCAGCUGCGGCCUCCGAGACCAAAGCUCGACACUCGACCAAUCAGCAUGCCUGCCGAGCGCCUCCUCAACCUGACGAAGGUGGACGAAUGUAACGUGAAGAACACCGUGGAGCAGGACGACGACUGUGCUCGUGAUCCUGUCAUCGAGGAGGUGUCCGAGGUGGAGAAACCCAAAUCCCGAGUCUCCAACCAUUACAGGAAGUCUUACAUUGAUACGCAGACAUUGCGUAGGACUUGGGACAAGCAGUAUAAGCAUCGCGAAAUCACCCCUAAGAACGUUGUGAUCCAGGGAAGCUCUACUGCCGACUCCGAGGUCGACAGUGUCAACGUUUUUGCUUCUUCCGUUACAACGAUAUCUUUGUCAGAACAAACCAAAACUGAUAGGACCGUUCAUGCUAACACGCCCUACAGCGUUGCUGUGAGGCCCGGGCGGACUUUACGUAGGGAAGGGAACGUCAGCGAGUACUGCCCCGUUCCUACGGCCUUCAGGCCACCAAGAACUCUGCAACCUCCUCCUGGAACGUUUUACAAACCUCCAGGUUGCAAAAUCAAAACUUUAACAGAAGUUGAGCUGAAGACUAGCAAAGCGACAGCUAACAGCACAGAGGAGGAGGAGGAGGAGGAGGAGGAGGAGGAGGAGGAUGAUGAUGAUGAGGAAGGGUUUAGUGUGGAAGUCUCAGUUGAUGAGCCUGAUCUAGACCCAGAACAUUAUCUAGAGCAGGACGCCCUAAAUUCAAUUCCUCCCCAGUCACCCAGUUCCAGCCCAGAGGAACUCGGCCAAAAUGGGACAAGACCUGUAUACCAGAGACUAAGGUCCCGACGUAUGCAGGAUCUCGAACACAGAGAGGCUCACUUUGUCUGAGAUUUGGACGCGUACAGUUUUUGAAAAUAAUGGUGUUACGUAUGUUGCCGUGGGCCUUUGCAAGGAGGAUGGGCCACUUGGGUCCGAAAAGAGACAAAUCUAUCAAAUUUACCUCUGACUUAGCAACGGCACUACGUCGUAAAUGUGGAAACAUGUUUCCAUAACUGUGAAGAGAUCCGAGGAAGUAUUCUAUAGAAUAUAUCUACAUAUUAAUAUAUUCUGCAUCUGCCGUUUGUUAAAAUUAAACAAACCCUUGGGCAAGAAUACUGCCUACACAGUACGCACUUAAAAUGUGUUUUGUAUCACACCAUUCAUUUACCAAUGCAACACAAGAUAUGUUAACAGCAAAUCACAGUUUCAUUUGACACUUUUUGUUAUUUUUUAAUAUAUUGUGUAUACUUGUGUAUCGUGUUUUACACCAAAACUAAAUAGACCAAGCUAUUACA